AUGCUCCGUGCGCUGUAACUGGUUCCGGGUCGGCCUCCGCUUCCGGCAGGGCGGCUGGCGCCGGCCUGGCGCUGCUCCCGAUGCCCCGCCAUGUCCACGCUGUUCCCCUCACUCUUGCCCCGCCUCACCGAGUCCCUCUGGUUCAACCUCGACCGGCCGUGCGUUGACGAGACCGAGCUGCAGCAGCAGGAGCAGCAGCACCAGGCCUGGCUCCAGAGCAUUGCUGAGAAGGACAACAACUUGGUGCCCAUAGGAAAGCCUGCGUCCGAGCACUAUGAUGAGGAGGAGGAGGAGGAUGAUGAAGAUGAUGAAGACAGCGAAGAGGACUCAGAAGAUGAUGAGGACAUGCAGGAUAUGGAUGAGAUGAAUGAUUAUAAUGAGUCUCCUGAUGAUGGGGAGAUCAAUGAGGUGGACAUGGAGGGGACAGAGCAGGAUCAGGACCAGUGGAUGAUCUGAUUCUGCCACAAGCACACCAGAUCAGAGGCUGGGGGAGAGCCUUUGCCCCACGGGUCUGGGGGACAGUUCAGUGAAGCUUCUCCUGCCACGGCUGCUGUGUGGGGCAGGAGAUUCGGAGCAAAGCCCUCCAGGGGAGCCAGAGGGGACACUGCCACCUGGCAUAUUGGAACUGACACAUCUUUUCUAAUAAACUCAGUUUUCAAGAAAACAA